AUGUUACAGCAUCUCCAAGAGGAAAGAAAAACCAAACAGUGGAAAUUUACUAUCAGAAGCAAAGAUCACAAAAUUAAAGAUCAGUUGGAGAAGCUAGUAAAGUUUAUGUCUCUUGCAGAUGGUAUAAUCAAGCAAGCUGUCAGCGCACAGCCGUACGCGGCGUUGGCUUGGUCUGCCGUUUCCAUCUUCUUACCGCUUAUUGCUUCAAGUUUUAAGAAACAUAUAGCGAUGAUGAAAGGUUUCAUCACUAUUACGGAUCUUCAGUUCUAUUGGAAGAACUGUGAAGAUGCCUACCUAAACUCGCCACCACAUUACAAGAAGCUUAUCGAACCGUUGUCCAGCCUUAACUCUUUCAUGCUCGAAUAUCAAAUGUGGGCGAUCUGUCACCUUUCUAAAAAGCAACUUACCCGCGGUUGGGAGAAGAUAUCUAGCCAAGACUCUGGACAAGAUAGCUGGAAAAUUAAAGAAACAGAGCUUGUGGAGAUGAGUAAUCGGUGCAAGGAACACAGCAUUCCACUGCAAAGAGGCGAAAUUCAAGAACAGUUUGAUUUGGAAAUGGAGAAGCUGGACCGUAUAGGCGAUAUCGGCGCCAAUAUUGUCGACACUAUCAGAAGUGCACAACAAUCAAAGGAUGAACAGGAGUUCUUCCAAGCUCUCAAGAUGGCGGCUGGCUGGUAG